AUUUAGACAUAAAACAUGCCUGUCUACCGGAAACUCAGGGGCCACGUGAGCCACGGCCACGGCCGCAUCGGCAAACACCGGAAGCACCCGGGAGGCCGAGGUAAUGCUGGCGGCAUGCAUCAUCACAGGAUCAACUUCGACAAAUAUCAUCCAGGAUACUUCGGGAAAGUUGGUAUGAGGCAUUACCACUUAAAGAGGAACCAGAGUUUCUGCCCGACUGUCAACCUUGAUAAAUUGUGGACCUUGGUUAGUGAGCAGACACGAGUAAAUGCUGCCAAGAACAAGACAGGAGCUGCUCCUAUCAUUGAUGUGGUGCGAUCAGGUUACUACAAAGUUCUGGGGAAAGGAAAGCCCCCAAAGCAGCCUGUCAUCGUGAAGGCAAAAUUCUUCAGCAGAAGAGCUGAGGAGAAGAUCAAGGGUGUAGGUGGGGCUUGUGUCCUGGUGGCUUGAAGCCACAUACUGCGAAAUUCAUUAAAUGUUAAGUGCUUUUCAAAAAAAAAAAAA